UAUAGGUCGCACGCCUUCUCUUUAACGGAGUGAACUUUUGAUUGGAGGAAAUUCUACAUGGCAACAUUAUAUACAACAUGGCGGCGUUUAACUAACUAAAUUAAAACCAAAAGAAGAAGAAACAAGUACACGAAUCUGUUGAAAGAAAUCUACAUUUUGAGAAAUACAAGAUCCUUUCUAUUGGCUUUUCUUCAGACAUGGAGGACAUGUAUAUGAAUGAAGCCAAGAAGAUGAUUGAUGACUUUAUUGAUCUAGCCUUCCAUAGACUGGAAACAAGUAUGUCAGACAGAGAAAAGUCAUUUGAGUCUAUACGACAGCUGCACAAAACCAGAGACACCUUAAUCCACAAAGACCCUAAAGACACUACCUACAGUGUGGAAAAUAUUGAAUGGCUUACAAUCGCAGAGUUCACACCACAAAGGGGAAAAGAAAAAAUUCAAGAGUUUAUUGCUACAUGGCAGUUUGAAAACUCUUGGUUGUACUGUGUAGACUUUCUUCAUGAAGAAGAUCAUGAGUUUGACAAACGAUACUUCUACAGAUUGAAAUGGAGCAUUCCUACUCGACGUAUGCCCAUCCCUAGAGCCACAGCCUCUGUUUAUUUUACAUAUGUAGUUUCUAAGAUUAGACCACCAGACAGUCCAGUAGAGGUUUUCUAUGUAUUUGAAACAAACAGAUUGAUUCAUAAGCCAGGGCUGUCCCGCUUCAGGGAGAUGUGGCUUAAAGACAUAAUAGAGAGUAAGGUCAAGAUGAUCAAUGCAGUGACUUUUUAAUGUCAGACUUGCCUGCUUGCAGCUCAUGAUACACUUCACAUGAAAGCCUGUUGUGAAUAGCAGAAUAAAAGUCUUGUAAAGGCAGCAGACCAAAAA